AUGACGCCCAAUCCCUUCGCGCCGCUGUCUACAGCGGUUCGCGGGUGGCCUUUUCCCCUUCGUAUCAUCCCCCUUCUCUCGCAAUUCUCCACUAGCGACAUUUUCUACACACCCGACGUGGUCGCUUGCCCUCAUCCUUCCCUCUACAUCCCACAUUCUGCCUAUGCUUUGUCUUCAUCACACUCGUACACCUACUGCUGUUUUCCUUCCACCAUGUCCUAUCCAUGCCUUUCACGUCGUAUAUACGCCACGUUACGCCCCCCGGUUGUUCGUGAUACCUCUAUCCCUCUACUACCCAUUACAAUCGAUGGUUGA